AUGCCCAACUAUGCCAAGUUCUUGAAGGAUGUGAUGGCCAAGAAGACAAAGUCGGGUAAAUAUGAGACCGUGGACCUAACAGAGAAUUGCAGUGCUAUAAUUCAGAAAGGAUUGCCUAACAAACACAAAGAUCCAGGGAGUUUUACUUUAUCUUGUGUUUUGGGAAAUAAUGUAGAGGGAGGAAAAGAAGGUGCCUUUGAUACUUGGAAGACCAUUUCUAGCCACGGGGGGAGCCAUGAUAGACGUCCAGAAGGGGGAGCUAACAAUGCAAUGCAUAAUGAGACUAUCACCUUCAAAAUCUAUGACGCUUUGAAAUUCCUUAGGAAGGAAGGUGCAGAAGGCUAUCAAGAGGAACUCGAGGUUCUUCCUGAAAGAAUCCCUCAAAAGAGGAACAUAUUCUUGCCAUUGCGCACCCCGGAAGAAGAAGAAGAGAAGAAGGAAACAUUAACAACACCACGAGGACCACCUAAGGUAGAAUUGAAGCCACUCCCGGAACACCUCAGGUACGCGUUUUUAGGGCCAGAUAAUACUUACCCUGUUGUCUUGUCCGCCGCCUUGAGUGAAAAAGAAUGUGAAAAGUUGUUGUGUGUGCUAAACAAGUAUAGGUCCGCUAUAGGAUGGUCUAUUGGUGAUUUGAAAAGGAUUAGCCCAACCACAUGCAUGCAUAGCAUUUUACUUGAGGAGGGGCAUAAGCCUCGUGUGCAAAACCAACAUAGACUUAAUCCAAUCAUACAAGAUGUAGUAAGGAAAAAAGUAAUUAAGUUGCUAGAUGCAGUGAUUAUAUAUGCCAUAUCGGAUAGUGAAUGGGUGAGUCCUAUGCAAGUAGUAGCUAAGAAAAGGGGCAUGACUGUGGUGCCCGGAAAGGAUGGUGAGAUGAUUGCCACGAGAGUAGCCACAGGUUGGAAAGUUUGCAUUGAUUAUAGGAUGUUAAAUGCAGCCACUAGGAAAUAUCACUUCCCUUUGCCUUUUAUUGAUCAAAUGCUUUAUACAUUAAGGGGAUAUGAUUACUACUGUUUCUUAGAUGGUUAUUCUGGUUAUAAUAAAAUUGCAAUUGCCCCCGAGGAUCAACAUAAGUCUGCCUUUACUUGCCCUUAUGGGAUAUAUGCUUAUAGGAAGAUGUCUUUUGGCUUAUGUAAUGCUCUUGCCACUUUCCAAAGAUGCAUGAUGGCAAAUUUUCAUGAUUUGAUUUAG